CUUGAACCUUUCCAUCUUCUUACACUUUUCUCAUUGUUAAAGGCUCUGUUGCUGCUCUUGGAAAAGAAUUGUGUGCAUCAAUUCGGAAUUGUCGGAAGUAUCCAUCCAUCCCAGUGACAAUUCGUCGCAGCGUUAAUCAACCAGAGCUAGCUUAGCUUAUCUUGACUGAUCUGCUCUUUGCCCCUAUGGCUACCGCCCAAACAUCAUCAGAGAGCACUCCAUCCGAUGGCUUAGGUGUCAUCAAACUCGAUUCUUGGCUAGAGCCUUUCAAGGAUGCGAUAGAACGGAGAUUCCAGUACGUUGAAAGCUGGAUCAAGACCAUCAACAAUGCAGAAGGAGGUCUAGACAAAUUUAGCAGGGGAUAUGAGAAAUUCGGAUUCAACGUCAACGACAAUGGCGACAUCACUUACCGGGAAUGGGCCCCGAAUGCUGUUGAAGCUGCGCUAGUUGGUGAAUUCAACAAUUGGGAUCCCAAGGCCCAUCUAAUGACAAAGAACGACUUUGGGGUCUGGGAAAUCACUCUUCCGGCUAAAGACGGCCUUCCCGCGAUUCCACAUGAUAGUAAAGUUAAGAUUACUAUGGUUACACGUAGCGGGGAACGCAUAUAUCGAAUUCCUGCGUGGAUUAAACGAGUUGUGCAAGACUUGGACGUGUCUCCCAUUUAUGAGUCGGUAUUUUGGAAUCCUCCCAGGGAAGAGAGGUACAAGUUUCACCAUCCUCGACCCCGCAAACCUGAAAGUCUGCGAAUUUACGAGGCCCAUGUCGGCAUUUCCUCUCCAGAGACCAAGGUUGCAACCUAUAAGCAGUUUACCGCUAAUAUGCUACCCCGAAUCAAGUACCUGGGGUACAAUGCAAUCCAACUAAUGGCCAUUAUGGAGCAUGCUUACUAUGCCAGCUUCGGGUAUCAGGUCAACAACUUCUUCGCGGCGAGCAGUCGCUACGGCUCCCCUGAAGAUUUGAAGGAAUUAGUUGAUACAGCGCACAGCAUGGGCUUGGUAGUCCUUCUUGACGUUGUUCACAGUCACGCAUCCAAGAAUGUUGAGGACGGAUUGAAUAUGUUUGAUGGCACUGACCAUCUCUAUUUCCAUUCGGGCGGCAAGGGUCAGCAUGCUCUGUGGGACAGCCGGUUGUUUAACUAUGGAAACCAUGAAGUGUUGCGUUUCCUCCUAAGCAACCUUCGCUUCUGGAUAGAAGAAUACGGGUUUGAUGGCUUCCGCUUCGACGGUGUCACCAGUAUGCUGUAUACUCACCACGGCAUCGGAACUGGCUUCUCUGGCGGGUAUCACGAAUACUUUGGGCCAGCCGUCGACGAUGACGGUGUGAUGUACUUGGCGCUCGCUAACGAGAUGCUACACACUCUAUACCCAGAAUGCAUAACAGUUGCAGAAGAUGUUUCAGGAAUGCCAGCGCUCUGUAUACCACACAACCUCGGCGGAGUCGGCUUUGACUACCGUCUUGCCAUGGCCAUUCCAGAUAUGUAUAUCAAGCUACUCAAAGAGAGUUCAGACAACGAAUGGGAUGUAGGAAAUAUUGCAUUCACGUUGACAAACAGACGCCAUGGCGAGAAGACAAUCGCCUACGCCGAAAGCCACGACCAAGCACUUGUUGGAGAUAAAACACUCAUGAUGUGGCUUUGCGACAAGGAAAUGUACACGCACAUGUCCGUGCUAACCGAACUCACACCCGUCAUUGAGCGAGGCAUGGCACUACACAAGAUGAUCCGACUCGUCACUCACGCCCUCGGGGGUGAAGGAUACCUCAACUUCGAAGGCAACGAGUUUGGCCACCCUGAAUGGCUCGACUUCCCCCGAGCCGGAAACAACAACUCCUUCUGGUACGCUCGACGCCAGCUGAACCUCACCGAGGACCAUCUUCUGCGGUACAAGUUCCUAAACGAAUUUGAUCGCUCCAUGCAACUGACAGAGGAGAAAUACGGCUGGCUACAUUCUCCACAAGCGUACAUUAGCCUCAAGCACGAAGGAGACAAGAUCCUCGUCUUCGAGCGUGCAGGUCUACUCUGGAUCUUUAACUUCCAUCCUACCAACAGUUUCACGGAUUACCGGGUCGGCGUUGAACAGGCAGGCACAUACCGGAUUGUCCUUGAUACAGAUGAUAAGGAAUUCGGUGGAUUCGGACGGAAUCUGAAAGCGACCCGUUUCUUUACGACGGAUAUGGAGUGGAAUGGACGAAGGAAUUUCCUCCAGGUCUAUAUCCCAACUCGAACGGCGUUGGCCCUCGCAUUAGAAGAAACAGUAUAAGCAUCAGAUGUUGCAGAUCACUCUUUCGCUGCGUGGUGGUGGGUGGCCCCAGCGAAGCAUACCUACCUGAUAGCAUAACAGAAGGCGAGGUAUAAUAAACUGCUAUUAACAUACAGAAGAAUAAUCAGUCCAUUUCAUGUAUUCAUUUUAAUCAACUUCCCAAGCAUAUUGUUUGCAUUUAUCUAUCAAACCAGACAGACCUGUCAAGUAAUGACCAAUCCCUAGACAACAAACAACAUUGGCGCUUUGCAUGUUAUAUUAUAUUAUGUAUAGUCAUAUGUUAGUUAACUAGUGAUAUGUUAGUUAUGUUACGAGGUUGAGUCCCAUGUAAGUAAUCU